AUGAACGCACCUACAUAUUACGAGUUCUAUAGGAGGAGCACAAUUGGCACCUCACUCACAGAUGCUUUGGAUGCAUUGAUCGGAGAACAAAGAAUUCAGCCUCAGUUAGCAAUGAAAGUUUUAGCCAACUUCGAUAGAGUUACCUCAGAUAAUCUACGAGACUCUGUAAAGUCAAAACUUACUUUCAAGGGCCAUCUUCAUACAUAUCGCUUUUGUGAUGAUGUGUGGACCUUUGUGAUAAAAGAUGUGAAUAUCAAAUUCGACGAUAACGAGACGGUGAACGUCGACAAGUUCAAGAUAGUGGCCUGUAACAGCAAAAAGGCUGGAGAAGUCUAA